AUAUUAUUUGAUUCGUCUAGAUUUAAUUUUUAUCAAUACAAUUUUUUACAAUAUUAAAUUAUCAUUAUCUCCAAUUAUAAAUAUUAUUAAUUUAAACAAUAUAUUGAUUUGUUUAUAAAAUAAAUGAAAAAAAAAUAACAGAAAAGAGUAGGUAAAACAAAAGAAAAAAUCAUUCAUAUAAUAUGGCAUUGAAAAACAAUGGGCCAAAACCAUGUUCCAAUACCAUUUUGUUCUUUCAAGUCAUGAUGAUUUUUUGUUGGGAAAUGAUAUUAGAGUAAAUGCAUAGGUUAUGAGUAUCGCAUUUGUCGGUUUAAUAGUAAUGCACUUGCACAACUAUUAACUCAUCUCUUUCAUUUGCCAUUUUUAAACUCCAAUUUUUUUCUCUUUCUAACCAUUCAAAAAUUCUCUCUUUGUAUUUAAGAUUUUUAUGUAGUUUUUACUGGUUUUUUCAAGUCAGAUUGAAAAAAAUAUAUAAGUUUAUCUUUCAAUUUUAAUAAAAUCACCAGUAUUUUUCUUCUCUAAAAUUGUCUUAAUUGAUUUGUCUAGAUAUAUCUUAUAAAAAACUAAGUCGAUUUAUUAUUUUUUAUGUAGAAAAUUAUUUUUUGUAGUAGAUUUUUGAUAAAUUAGUUUAACAUGUGAUAAUAUGAGUCAAUCCUUUAUAUUUUAUAACAUUAAAUCUAGUUUAUUUUAAACGAUUUCGAAAAUACUAAACGAUUUUAUCCUUUGAUUUUUAUAAUUUUUUUUUUGUUUGAAAAUUUUUAUUUGAUUUCUAUAGAUUUUUCAAAUGAAAAAAUAGAUCGACUUUUCAUUUCUUUAAGUUGAAAAAAUUUUUUUUAGUGAUUAAUUUUUUUUUUCUAAAAUUGGUUUGUUUAUAAUAUGAUGAAUCGACUUUUCAAUAUUUAAAAGGGUUUGCAUAUAAUAUUAGGAGAAAUUUCACUAUUGGUUUUUGGUUUAUCUACUCCUCUAAAUAAAAUCAGGUGGAUAAAGUUUACUAAUACUUAUGGAGCUAAUGCACCACUCCACUUCCUUUCUAUCAUCCAUUCUUCCAGAGCAAGGAUCCUUGCCAAAAUAUGCCCUGGUUGUACUUAACCAGCCCCUUCCUCGUUUUACUCAUCUCCUUUGGGAGCACGCAAAACUACGACUUUGUGCAGAUGGAGGUGCAAAUCGUUUGUUUGAUGGAAUGCCUCAGUUUUUUCCUCAACAAGACCCCUUUCAUGUCCGCGAAAGGUAUAAACCAGAUGUAAUUAAAGGUGAUUUGGACUCUAUCAGAGCAGAUGUUUUGGAUUUUUAUGCCAAAUUGGGUGUUGAUAUAAUAAAUGAUUCGCAUGACCAAGAUACCACUGACCUUCACAAGUGUAUUUCACAUAUUAGUAGCAUGAUGUCUGACGCUGAAAAAUUAAAUUUGUGCAUUCUUGUUGCUGGAGCACUUGGAGGGCGAUUUGAUCAUGAAGCUGGGAACAUUAAUGUCCUCUGUCAUUUCUCUGGCAUGCGAAUAAUUCUUCUUUCAGAUGAUUGUCUAAUCCAACUUCUUUCUAGAACUCACCAUCACAAAAUCCAUAUUGAAUCUUCUAUUGUUGGUCCACAUUGUGGACUACUACCUAUAGGAGUGCCUGCUUUUCAUACCACAACCUCUGGGCUCAAAUGGAAUCUAUCUGAUACGGAAAUGAAGUUUGGUGGCUUGAUAAGUACAUCUAAUCUAGUGAUGGGAGAUAUAGUAUCGGUGCAUUCUGAUGCUGAUCUUCUUUGGACAAUAUCCAUCAAAAAGGACACCAAAUUCGCGCCUACGCAAUCUUAAGCAAAAAUUAUGUCUUGUUGUUAACUUCUGUUCGUUGAUUCUCCUGGUGAUCCUCUCAACGAUUCAAAUUUGAUUGUGUUAGCUUCUCAUAAUAAAUUCAUAUCAAAGACGCCGAGAAAGCUUGUAUGCAGACUGAGUUCAACCAUUAUUGUAAAUAGUGUAAUUUUUUGUUAUGUGUUGCCUUGCUUCCGAGUUCUUGCUGUAUGAUUACUGCAGAAACAACUUAACUAUUUGCAGCAUCAGUAUGUGUUCUAUCUUCUAUACUAUCUAUAGUGAUUUUUUGUUCUAAGAAUCUGCACAAAAUAAGAGUUGAUUUGUCUGAAACUGCUUCCACUGCAUGUCUGCAAUGGUUUCGGGCAUUGGAUGUACAAUUUGUAAUAAAUGUGUUCAGAAAGCAUAACAAAUACUCGUUUCUUUCCACUACUAUGUCGACUCAUUUGAUAGUAUUAAUUUAAAAAUCUAUUAUUU